AUGAUGUUCCCCGGUGGUGUAGGAAGUUCCGAAUUGCAGCAAGCUGCUGCCGAGAAAGUCAAAAGAGAUAUUGGAACCUUCUUCAUUUUCGGAUUCCUCAUUGAGGCUGGGAUGGAUACCACCGAUCCGCAAAUGGCACGAUUUCUUCAGCAACUGCAAUCAGAAACGCAGAGGCAGAAGUUCACAGAGCAGGUUCAUACCUUGACUGGUCGAUGUUGGGAUGUUUGCUUCGCCGAUUACCGUCCUCCUAGCAAACUCGACGGAGCACUCACGAUUGCCUCCAGCUAG